GCGCCUCGUCGGCUCCUCCUCGCGUGAGGGGAGGGAGAGAGAAACGGGCGGCAGCCGUCGACUGGAUGGCGGCCUAGAGGCUGCUGGCGCCGCGCCUCCCCUCCCACCGCACCGCACCGCCGGGUUUUUUGGGCAGAGUGUAAAGGACCACAAUCUACACAUAUAUCCAAUGAUGCUCUGGCUUUUGAGAGACAUUUAUACCUUGAAGUAAAGCUCUAUUGAAGAUGGAUCCAUCCAAAGUCACUAUGGAAUCAAAGGAUGCUGCUUCAAAUCUUUUGAGUGCAUUGCAUACUUUUUACCAGUUUGGCCAUCUGUGUGAUGUAACUGUCCAUACAGAGCAUCUUGGAAUUCAAGAUGAAUUUUCUGUUCACAAAGCAGUGUUGGCUGCCUCAAGCAAUUACUUUAAAGAAAUAUUCCUACGGGAUGAGCUAUCCGUGAAAAAAGAAGCCACAGUCACCUUGCAGGAUAUUUAUACAGAAGAUUUUACCUCAUUUUUGGAGUUUGUAUACACGACAAAAAUAGAGAUUGAACCACAGAAUGUAUAUCGAAUGCAGGAGGUUGCCGAAAGACUAGAAUGUAAGGAUCUUGUGGAAGCCUGUGAACACUUGAAGAUGAAGCUUUCGACUCAGAGAUCCGAUGUGAAGGAACAAGUUUGCAAAGAACACAAGCUUGCUGGUAAAUCUGAAAGUGAUUGGAAUAAGACACAUUCACGUGAUCUGGGUGACCAGGAAACAGAGAUGUCAUCCAAGAUUGUUGCUGCACCAGUGAGAAACAGACUUUGGGACAAAUUACCCAAAAAGAAAACACUGGAGAACAGCCAGUCACAAUUGGAUGAAUGCGUACAACAAGGAAACAUAAAAGAAGUCAGUGGGUCAAUCACUGACAUUGAUUCGAGCACAGGAAUGGGUAAAUUAACAACAUAUGCCACAGAAACUGUGAACCUAAAGAAUAUUGAUAUUGUUAAUGAAUUUCCUGAAAAAGAUAAUUGCACAAUUAGUUCAAUAAUCCAGGCUGUUUCUCCAGAAACUAGAAUUGUAAUCAAGAAACUCCACUGUCUGGAGGAUGAAGAUGGAACACAGGAUGAACCCGAAGUUUCGGAUGGUUAUGAGUUGAAAAAAAUAACUCGGAGCGCUUCCAAACGCAUGGCUCAAAAUUACACAUGUGACAAAUGUCACCAGACCUUUCCGUUUUUGAAACCCUAUCAAGCUCAUAUGACUUCCGAGCAUGGUAUAACCAUUGUGGUAAAGUACAGCUGCAGUAUGUGUUCUCAGCUUUUUUCCAAUUAUCAGAACCUAAGGCAGCAUAGAAUGACUGUUCAUAACAAUGAGCGUCCUUUUGCGUGUUCGUUGUGUGACAAGCGAUUUAAACGCCAAAAGGACAUCAACGACCACACUAGGAGAGUGCACGAGAAGAAGAGGACUCCUCAGAAGUGUCCAUUUUGUGAUAAAGUUAUUAGCUCAAAAUGUGGAUUGACGGUUCACAUCAGAACACAUACGGGAGAGAAGCCCUAUAGAUGCCAGUACUGCCCUGCCAGCUUUGCUCAGCGGUCUGCAUACAACACACACGUAAGAAAGAUACACGAAUCUGGUCAAGAGAAGAAACCACCAUUUAUGUACUGGAAAGUUGUACCACAGGUAGAUAAGCCGGAUGAAAUUGCUGGUGUUGCCAUGGAAGUCAGUAGUAAUGGAGACAAAUGGGAUAGAUCAGAAGAUAAUGACUUGGUCAUGAACAUUAGCGAUAACAGAGAAACAUGUGAUGAAGAACAACAGAAUACAUCUAAUAGAGAAAUUAGAGAGUGUAAUAAUAUAAAUGAAACGGAAGAAAAGAAAGGCAUAGAUACAAAAUGUGCAAAUGCACAAAAUAUUCUACUAAACAAAGGAAGGCAUGUCAGGAACGAAGAUAGUGGAGAUGAUGAAGACGAAGAUAGUGGAGAAGAUGAUGAAGAAGAAGAAUCUGGAGUAGAGGGCAAUGAAGAAAAUAGCACAGAGAAUGAAGAUGAAAACGAUAAAGAUGUAGACUACUCAAAUGAACAUGAUCCUGAACCAAAUGAUUCUGACGAGGACUUUAAAACAAAGAAAGUCAACAAACGAGGAAGAUUGCAGAAAUCAAAUCACGUUAUUAAAUGUGAUAAAUGUGAUAAUGAAUUUGAGUCCCGGAAAGAAUAUGUGAUACACUGCAAAGAUGUUCACCAGUCCCUACCAGGAAAAGUCUAUCACUGUGAGAUUUGUGGCAAGGCUUUUGCAACCCACAACAGUUGGAAAGAGCACUGUGCUUGCGUUCACAGUGAUGAAAGACACUUUGCUUGCACUCUAUGUAAUGCAACUUUUAAGAGGAAAAGAGAUGUGCGGACUCACUAUGCUCGGAAGCAUGAGGGGCGUAUAAAACGUCCGUUGUGCUCUGUUUGUGGGAAGAUUUUAAGUUCACGAACAGCACUGGUAUUCCAUAUGCGGACACACACAGGAGAGAAGCCUUAUGAGUGCUCUAUAUGCCAUUCUCGAUUUGCCCAACCAUCCCAGCUCAAAAUUCAUACAAGAUCACAUACUGGAGAGAAACCCUAUAUUUGUGAGGAUUGCGGAGCCUGUUUCACCGAUAAAGCUAAAUUAAAUGGUCACAAGAGAACACAUACAGGGGAGCGCCUUUAUGGCUGUGAUGUAUGCGGGAAGCAUUUUGCCACCAAUGAGUAUUUGAAAUGUCACAAGCGAUGUCACAUGGGAGCAAAACCUUAUAAAUGUGAUGCAUGUGGGAAAACCUUUGGUCUGAGAGCUUCCUUGGCACAACACAGCAAUAUCCAUGCAGACACACGUCCAUAUUUUUGUGAACUGUGUGGAAAAGCUUUUACCCAACAAGGGGCACUUCGACGUCACCAACGAAUUCACACAGGGGAGAAGCCUUACAAGUGCAAGGCUUGUGAGCGGACUUUCACAGAUAUGUCCACAUUGAGAAGACAUGUGUCUGUUCAUGACAGAAAUGCUCACUGGCGGUCCUAUUUGAUUGAUCUAACCUCAAAGAAAGAUCACAAUUGGUCAAAAAUUGAAACUUUAGCAGACAUAUGCCUCUCAGAUGACCCUGUACCUGUUAGUUGGAUGAGCAUACAAAAUGAACAGCCAUUGGAAGGCAUGCAACCGAGUCACUGACUGAUAUUCCAUAAAGACGUGAACUUAGCACACAAUAAAUAUAUCUAUUUCAAUCAUCAUGCAAUUUAUGGUGAAAAAUAGGAUAUUUUUAUUUCUAAUUAACUAGUUCUUUAAGAGCCACUUUAACUAAAGGCAUCACUGAUAUACCAUUCAGUUAGUUCAAUUUGCAAAAAUAAGCCACGUUGUAAUAUUUAAAUCUAUUAUUGUCAUCUGGCACAAUUUCUGUAGUUUGUCCAUUAAUGCAAACCUACAAAUUAGACAUAUCUAAUUCUUAUAUUAAUUUGGCAAAAACCAAUAUCAAUUUAAUAAUUGUACUAUAUCCUUCAAUUUAUUUAUUUUUAAUCUAGCUUGUGGAGAUCAGGAUAUUAUUGUCCUGUAUUGUAAGAAUUAAAUAUAUUCAUCAAAAUCUUCCAUAUAUAAACACAGUUCACCAGUAUGUUGAGGCAGAAAUGAAAGUAUCCUAGAUUGGUGCAAUGAACAGGAUCCCAUAGCAGCAUAAAUUUCCACACCAAAUUUGUUGUUAUUAAUCAGUUCAAGUGUGCAUUUCAAAAAUGUAUCUAUAUUUGGAAUAUAACCUCACCUGACAUGUAACUUAAUUUGGGCAAUGCUAAUCAGGAUAACCUGAUUUCUGGAAAGCUGCUGUUUUCAUCUGCUUAUAUCCCUAGAUUAAUUUAAACUAUGAUAGAAUAUAUUAAAUUAAUAUAACAUUUGACUCCUCAAAGGUUUAGUAGUCCAUUGCUGAAAGUUUAAAAUAAUUUCAUUAAAUGCCAUGGAACUUUAUUUUUGGUAUUGAUUUACUGUGUUUAAGCUCUUAACAAUUGGUGCAAUAUUAUGAAGGAAAGGCUUAUAAGCAAGAAGCAAAUCGGCAACAAUGUUGUUCAUAAAAUAUUUGUGCACUUAACAGGAUGUCAUGGUAAUUUCUACUGUUGAGGACUGCCCUCUGACAUUGCGACAAAUGCCUGAAAAUCAAACGUUAUUUCCUACACUGAUCAAAUGUAGGUGACAUUGUACUUGGUGGAACAUAAUACAUAAACCCUGAUGCUCAUAUGAUCCAGAGGAGAGUUUGUUAGUAACCUGUUUCCUCGGAAUCUGAUGGGACUAAGCUGUUUUGUCUGCCAAUAAUAUAAUGUGACCACAUAGUAAAGUUCUUUGUUAAAUUUAACAGCUAUAUAAUACCUCAUAACUGAGCUUCUGUGAAUUGUGCACCAUUUAUUUGUAUGGGUUAUAAUGAGUGAACAUCCAGGGUACAAGAAUUUUUACUAUAACAAGGCAUACACUAUAAUUUAAGGAGGUAUUAAUCUUGGUCUGCUAAAUAUGUAAUUCAAAGUAUAUUUAAAGUUUUUGAAGUCGCAAUGAUAGAAAUGUGUCAUUAAAAAAAGUUAAUGCAAAAAUCGCAAAACAUAUCAUUGAUCGAUUGCAAUUAGCUGGACGAAAUCGAGAAUCAUUAAAGUCUUUCAUUUUAAAAAAUA